UCAAUCAUCUUUAUUACGGUCAAAGACCAGCACACAAUGAAAUAAAACUCAUUAAAAUUAUUAUAAACCAGAUAGAUACACCUAAAAUGCUGUGAAUCCAUAGCUAUAAUGAGCCUAUAAAAUUAUAAUUAUGAUGUGAUUAUAUUAUGAUUAGUGAAAUACAACUCUUAAAAACGGUGGGGUAAUUAAUAAAAUACUAGCCGACCCGUACGGAGCAUCUGUGCGCUAUUUGGGGCGGGGGUCAUCCCGCCGCCUCUCGGGCCAGCUGAGGCUACUGCCUCAGGCCAUUUUGCGGCCGCUACCACCAUCCUCUGCCAUUUUAUUUUAUUUUAUUUUAUUUUUUGGCUAUACCAUCCACGUCCCGCUCUGCAGUGCCCUUCAAGUCUCCCUUCAUAAAAUAAAACUUCGCCCUGCCGGUUCCUCCUUCCCUAUUCAGAUAACACAUUCUCCCCCGCCCUUCCCAUAUGGGGCCAAGCACCACCCACGAGACUCCCCCCUCCCCUCUUGUGUCCUGACCAGUAUUAGUCCAACAUAAUGUUGGCCACCCUGCUGCAAUAAUCCUGUGUAAGGCAGGUCGCUAUUAUUAUCCCGCUGUUGUCAAUGGUAGCUUGAAGCCGAAUGGUUUGCCUCAGGUUACUCAGUGAGUACAUGGUAAAGGAACAAUUAAUCAAGUGAAGCUGCAAAACAAGACUUGAAUAACAAGGCAAAAAAAUGGAUGACAAAGAAAAUGCCAAUCAGUGUACAUGGAACCAAGCGGAACCAAGUAUUCUAGAAAAGAGCAUAGCUUCUCCACAAGCCUUAAAGUCUCCUGCCAUAUUGAAGCAAAAUAGUCUAGCUACAAACUGUAGCUCUCUAACUAAUACAGAAGUUAUUUCUGAAGUUAAACCUGCUGAAACUAAAAAUGUGCGCAUGUCAUUUAGUCAGAACUUCUUACUCAAAAGAAGUACAAAAGAGAAACAGCUGAAAAUAGCCACACACAACUCUGGGGUACGCCUUCCAGAGAAACGUGUGCUUGGCUCAUAUCGUGGUAAGGUAAUCUCAUCUAAGAUAAACUCUUUCAGAAAAAGAGCAGGAAAUGAGAAUAGUAAAAACACUUUGGAGGCUCCUACUAAGCCAGCAAUGAGUACUGGACUUGCAAGCAACAAUACGAGACUGAGAGAUGUCACAACCAAUAACACAGUUAGUGCUUCUAAACCUGUAGUUAUUGUUUCACUUCAGACCAGGCCACCUGUGAGGGUGCCCGUUAGCCAUCCCAAAUCCAUUAUGAACCCCGAGAAACAGUCUACAUCCAAAGUGGCUGUCCAAAAAAAGCCUGACAGGAACUGGAAACCACUGUUAAAGACAGUUACAUACAAUGCCAAUAAUUCUGUACCUAGAACAAAGAAAACGCUCCCACCUAAAACUGUAACAGGAACUCUAGCACAACCUAUUUCUGAAACUUAUAGUAUUAUGUCAGCUUCAGAAUCGGUUAACAAGAGAAGUACUGUGCCUGACUCUGCGGAAGUGAGAAGAUCCCAACUGGCUGAAUGGCAGGCAUGUAAAGGGAAGGGGGCAAAGAAAGUGCCCGCUCCCUUAUCUGCAGAUUCUCAGCCUGUAAAAGAACCAGUUGAAUCCUUCUGGGCUGCCAUAGCAGAAGAAGAUGAACAAGAGUUAUUCAGCAAUGCAGUCAAUAAGACUCUUAAGAAAUGCCUGUGUUUAAUUGAGACGGGUUAUUCAGGUGAUAAUAUACAAUCCACUUUGGAAGGGCUGAUCCACAGUGUCCCAGAUGCAAAAAAAUUAGCCAAAUAUUGGGUAUGUCGCAUGCGUCUUGAACAGGUCAACUCCACUGAAAAAAUAAUUGCUAUAUAUGAAGAGGCAGUUCUGGCAGGUGCACAGCCUAAGGAUGAAUUACGUCGUGUGUUAGCAGACGUUAUGAAGAAUACAAAAAGUCUACCUAAACCUACUGAGGAAAGUAUGAAGAAAGAAAUUGCUCUAAAUGAUACGGCAGAAACUAAUUUAGAGGAAGAAAUGGUAGCAAAUUCUUUGAAAGAAGUCCACAUGAAUAAAACUGAGUCUUGUAAUGAAGAGACUUGCCCAAAAGCAGCAGCAGCAGUUUGUUUGACGUCUGAACCAGAGAGCUUUCCAAAUGAAAGCAAGGACAAAAAUAAAGAACAUCACAAGCCAAUUGCAUGUGUAAAAGAACAAAAGGCCAGUGAUGAUGCAAAGAGAGAUGGAAUCUUGGAAUGUAAAACUCCUGAAAAUGACAAAGAGGGUUCAUACUUAAUUAAAUAUAAUGUGUCAACUACUCCUUACUUAGAAAGUAUGAAGAAAAAGCUGCAGUGUGAAGCUAGUGACUCUGCUGUUAAAGACCUGAAGUUUCUAACCCCUGUGAGACGUUCUCGCCGCCUACAAGGCAAGGUGUGCAAAUUGCCAAACAUGUUGAAAGAUCACAACCCUUGUGUUUCUUCACUUGAGCAGCUUGGAGAAUUGGGAGAUGAAAACAAUGCCUUCAUCUACAGACAAAACAAUGCACUACAGAAAGUUGGUACUCGCCUGGAAGGGCAAGGCAAGGAGUGACUUUGGGGCUCCUCAUCUCUUCCUAACUCAUUUGCUAAUUCCCCCUACAGUGACCUUAACACUAACCCUAGUUCUUUCUUAACCAGAGACCCAAUUUCAUUGGUUAGGAGAUGUAACCGCUUACAUUAUGGCUAAGGAAUGCAGUCGUUAUGUCUGUAUCAGGACUUUGAACAUGUGUGUUCAAAGUAGCAGCUACUACUAAUAUUUUAAGAAAUGGAAUGUAUUUAUCGUAACACUCUGUAUUGAUGUUGAAAAGGUACAAUCUCUUGUUAAACUGUAUGUAAAAUAUCUCUGCUGUCUUUUACAAAAGUGUUGCUAUAACCUUUUGAGUUAGUGACAACUUGGAAAUUUUAAGAAGACUUAAAUAAAUUUUCAUCUUAAAUCUUAA